AUGGGAAAAUCACUACCAAAGAAAGAUCAACUACGUUCAAUUCUUACAAAUAAUAUUUUAUAUAAAUAUAUACAUAUUGAUCAUUUGUUAAUUGAUACAUUACCGAUAAAUGACAUACCUGAUUGCUUAUGGAAUGCUCUAUCAUUAGUUGAUGAAUCUGAAAGUCAAAAUGCUGAACAUUCUGGUUAUAUUAAUAAUUAUAUUGAUUCCAAUGAUUUACCUGAAAACGAAAUAAUUUCAUUAAAUACAAGUGCAUUGAUAGAUACAGAUGGUGGUGCUACAUCAUCUAUUGAUAUCAGACGACAUUUAGUAAGAUGGAUAAGUAUUAUCAGGGAAGUUGUAGCUAGUGAUAAUAAUAUAUAUUUUAUACUACAUGGUAAACAUCCGGUAAAUGAAUAUUUCAAUACAGCAUUUUUAUCAGGUUUGAAAAUGCUAAUCAUCGCUACAUAUAGAUAUAUUUAAAUAGUCUAAAUUUUUUGUAGAAGUUUAUAUCCAACUUUAUUUCCUUAUGGUAUGGGUGGUGUCGAAAAUGAAUGUCGACAAGUGCGUGUCACCUAUGCAAAACAUAUUCAAUAUUUUUUGUCGUAUCAUGAUUACCGUUUUGAAAUGAACACUUCAUUUAUGUUUGUAACGUUUAAUAUUUUAUAACGACGCACAGCAUGUGCAAAAGCAUGUAUACUUGUAUCAAGAUCAUAUUUUACUUCGCAAUCUGUAGAAAUCAAUCAGUUAACAUCAGCUGAAAUUAAACUAGCUUUAAGUCAAAUAGAAUU